AUCAGCCGCAGCAAUUCCAGACUAUCAUAAAAUUAAUUUGCUUUCGCCUGCUUGUACAAACAGUUAAACUAAAAUUAAAAUAAAUACGAUAAAGAUGACGAUUCAGCGUGUUAUUUGCCAGAGACAGCCGGUCUUUUUGUGCAAUCGUGUAUCUAAUUCAAGUAAAAAUAUCGUAGUGAUUCGUGAAAUUUCAUCGGAUGCAUAUAAAAGUGAUGACUAUCAGUAUUUACAAAAAGGUCAAAUUCCAAUGUUGCAUUUCCAAAGAUCAUUGCCUCGAUUGAAAAUACCCGAAUUGGAAAAAACUUGCAAUCGAUUUUUAGCGGCUGUACAACCGUUAAGCCAAAACAAAGCAGCUUUUGAUAAUUUCAUCAAGAUCGUUGAACAAUUUCGUACGACGGGCAAUGGACCACAGCUUCAAAAAUUGCUCCGCGAAUAUGAUCAGAAAAAUAAACACACAAGCUACAUAUCAAAGCCAUGGUUUGACAUGUAUUUAAGUGACCGUAAACCAUUGCCAAUCAAUUACAAUCCGGCUUUGGUUAUGAAACUCGAUGAACGACCCGAAUAUAAUGAUCAAUUGACACGAACCGCUAACUUGGUGAUUACUUCAUUGCGUUUCGCAAGAUCACUGCGAGAAGAAUUAUUGGAGCCAGAGGUUUAUCAUAUGAAUCCAAAGAAAAGUGACACACAAAUAUAUCGCAACGUGUUGAGCCGAACACCGGCACUCGUUGCCACACUCGUGUCAUGGGCAUUUAAAGCAUUUCCACUUGACAUGAGCCAGUAUCAAGGGCUCUUUGGGGCAACUCGCGUUCCAAAACGUGGACAAGACGAGAUUAAACGUACUGAAAAAACUUCACACAUCGUUGUUAUGCGAAAUGGUCACUUUUAUGCCGUCAAAGUGUUCGAUAAUGAUGGAAAUAUUGAAGUACCACGAACAAUUGUCAAUCGUUUGAAAUUCGUUUUGAAUGAUGCUGCAUCAAGCAAGCCUGCCGAAUUUCCAUUGGGCGUGAUGACUGCCGAGAAUCGUGACACUUGGGCCGAUGUUCGUGAGCAUUUGAUGAAAACUCACAAUGAAUCGGCACUAGAUACAAUUGAUUCAGCACUGUUUCUUGUAUCACUGGACGACAAAGCUGAUUAUCCGGCAGAAAAUCCAGUUCCGAUUGUUCAGAAUAUGCUACACGGUGAUGCAAACGGGCUCAUCAAUCGGUGGUUUGACAAGUCGUUCUCAUUGAUUGUAUGCAAAGAUGGAAAUGCGGGCAUCAAUUUUGAACAUUCAUGGGGCGAUGGUGUGGCGGUGCUUCGGUAUUUCAACGAAAUUUAUAAAGAGACAACGACCAAUCCAAUUUGUCAACCAUCCGAUGUGCACAGUGAUAGGGUAGAGGAUGUUGGUGAUGAUAUAUUCAAAAUUGAAUUCAAUUUGGAUGAUAAGUCAAAGGCAGCUAUAAAAAAGGCCCAACAAAACUAUGUCAAUACAGUCAAUUCACUCGAGAUGCACACAAUGAUCAAUGAUGUGAUGACAAAAAGUUUUUGCAAAAAUCAUAAAGUAAGCCCCGAUGCGAUCAUGCAGCUCGGUAUUCAGUUGGCAUAUUAUCAGCAAAACGGUGAAUACGUUGGCACUUAUGAAUCAUGUAGUACGGCUGCAUUCAGACAUGGGCGAACUGAAACCAUUCGGCCAUGUACAAUGGAUACAAAACUAUUUUGCGAUGCCACCUCUGGCAAAGUCGAUGUAUGGGAUCGAAAUACUUUACGUGAAAUGAUAAUAAAAGCGUCUGAUACACAUGGAAAAUUGAUUAAAGAAGCGGCGAUGGGUCAGGGAUUCGAUCGUCAUAUGUUCGGUUUGAAAUAUAUGGCAGAACAAAAUAAUAUUCCAUUGGAUCCGAUUUUUGAAUCAGAUGGAUAUCGCAAAUUGAAUUACAACAUUUUAUCCACCUCAAGUUUAUCAUCCGAUGGUUUGUUGGCGGGAAGUUUUGGUCCAGUUGUUCCGGAUGGCUAUGGCAUUGGAUAUGGAGUACAAGAUAAAAUGCUCGGAGUCAUAUUUACUAGUUAUAAAGGCAAAAGAGAUGCAAUCGAUUUUGUCGAUUGUUUGAACGCAUCUUUCGAGACAAUUGAACGCGUCUUGGAAUUUAAAAAAUAAUAGAUGACUGAUUCGAUUUCGGAAAGUUUGAUGAGAUUUGUUACAAUAAACGAAAAUGAAAAUCACAUAUUUUUUAUAUAUUAUAUGUACGGUUUGUUGUAUUCCUAGAGCGUAUUUAUUUUCUUUUUUAAAUAAAGGUCAAGAGUUUUU